CUCCAGCUUGCUCACUGAUCAGCCAACGGAUAUUUGAGCCGUUCCAGCACUUUUCAGUAAUUGCCGUACGCCAAACUGCUUGUGGAAACUCCCGUGUGUACUAAAAAAACGUGCAACUGAAAAUGAAUGAAACGCGGAUAAGUAAAAAGGAUAAAAACCAACACAUACAAGUCUUCGUUCGUGUCAGGCCAGCAAAUGAUGUGGAAAAAUUGGGUAAAUCUUUAACAGUGGUAGAAGUACCUUCUAGCAAAGAAGUUCUUGUGCGAGAGAAACCGCAGGACAAGCUCUCCAAGAAAUUCACAUUUGAUAAGGUCUUCGGACCUUUAUCCAAACAAGUCGAUGUCUAUCAAGCAGUGGUUAGUCCUCUAUUGGAUGAAGUUCUUGCAGGCUAUAACUGUACAGUUUUUGCCUAUGGACAAACUGGAACGGGUAAAACUUUUACCAUGGAAGGUGUCAGCAAUGAUCCGUCUCUCCACUGGACUACUGACUCAAGUGCAGGAAUAAUUCCCCGCUCUUUGAGUCAUCUAUUUGAUGAACUCCGUAUGUUGGAGGCUCAGGAAUAUACAGUACGAGUCAGUUUCCUUGAAUUGUACAAUGAGGAAUUAUUUGACCUUCUUUCUCCCCAUGAUGAGGCAUCUAAAAUAAGAUUGUAUGAGGAUGCUUCUAAGAAGGGGGCAGUUAUAAUUCAUGGACUAGAAGAAGUGACGGUUCACAAUAAGAGUGAAGUAUUCAAGAUACUCGAAAAAGGUUCAGAAAAACGACAGACAGCUGCAACUCUUAUGAAUGCGCAUUCCAGUCGGUCUCACACUGUAUUUUCAAUUACGGUACACAUAAAAGAAAAUACAGUCGAUGGAGAAGAGUUGCUGAAAACUGGGAAAUUAAAUUUGGUCGACUUGGCCGGAAGUGAGAACGUAGGAAGGUCUGGUGCUGUGGACCGAAGAGCUAGAGAGGCUGGAAAUAUUAAUCAGUCUUUACUGACCCUUGGCAGAGUUAUUACUUCACUUGUUGAGCGGGCACCACAUAUUCCUUAUCGAGAGUCAAAAUUGACAAGAUUACUUCAAGAAUCUCUCGGAGGUCGUACCAAAACUUCAAUAAUUGCUACUGUAUCACCGGCAAGUAUUAAUCUGGAAGAGACACUUUCUACCUUGGACUAUGCACAUCGUGCCAAAAACAUUACUAACAGACCAGAACUCAAUCAAAAACUAUCAAAGAAAGCACUCCUCAAAGAAUACACUGAAGAAAUUGAGAGAUUGCGACGUGAUCUUCUUGCUACUAGGGAACGAAAUGGGGUUUAUUUAGCUCAAGAAAAUUAUAAUGAUAUGCAAGCUCAGAUAGAAUGUAUGGAGAAAGAUAUCACUGACAAGAUUAAUCACAUUAAGGCUCUGGAAGAGCAGAUGAAUAAGAAAGACGAAAUUUUCAACGAGUUGCACAUUAAUUAUGAAGUUCGUACAAAUGAAUUGUGUAAAACGCAAAACAUACUUGCAAAUACGGAAGGUAUUCUAAAAGUAACUGAGAGUCGAUUACUGCAGGCUAAACAAGAAUGUAAUGAAAAUAAAUACUUGGUCCAAAAACAUGCUGUGACAGAAAAAAUUUUGUCAUCUCAAGCACGUCAGUUACUGGGAGUUGCUGACAUUGCGACCAGUGACACUCUUAAGCUUCAUGAUAAAAUUACUCGUAAAACUCAAGUGGAGCAAGAGAAUGAAAAACUUGGACAGCAAUUUCAGAAGGAUAUGAUGAAUGGAGUGGAAGAAAUCGAGAAAGACUGCAUGGAAUACGCCCAGAAUCUGGUACAAUUUUGUAUGAACACAAAAAAUGACAUAGGAUCACAACUGGCAGUACAGAAUAGAGGUAUCGACACCACAAUUCAACAUGUCUCUAAAGAUCUUGUUGCGAAGCAAUGUGCGGCGAAAUCAACUUUGAUUGAACAUGCAGAUUGUUCUUUCAACAUCUAUGAAUCCUGGAUCAGUGAACACCUGCAAAAUGUUAAAACAGUAUCUGAACACGAGAGUAAACUUCUAAAUGAAAUAUCUUUGAUGUUGGCACCAAAACUUGAGGAGCUAAUUCAAACUACAAUGCAAAAAAAAUUGCAAACUUUAUCUGCAUCUGUAACAGAAAAAUUGGAAGAAAUGUUUACAUACGUUGAGAGUGCAAAGAAUGAAAUCUGUCAAAGUUUGACAAUAAGCAGACAACGGCUUUCGAACAACGUUACAAAAGUCACAGAACACAUUCAAACUGUACAAACAAAACAAAACGAAAUACGCGAGAAUAACAAGAAAUUCAAGGAGCAAUUCGAGAAAUUAUGUAAACAAUUCACGACUAUGUAUACAUCAAACGAAGCGAAUCACACAGACGUUGCUAACAUUUUAGUGGACAUUAGCGAUACCCAUGACAACAUCAAUACUGAUGCAAUCGAAUCAUGUCAGAACAUCGUAAAAAGUGAAAAAUGCUAUGAGGAUAGAGUCAAAGAAGGAAUUGAAGUCCUCAAAAAUGAAGUACAAGUCAGCGUUAACGAGAUUGUACCGAUAGCUGAUUCUGUUACUGCUCGCUGGUAUAAACUAGUAGAUGAACUACGAACUCAGCUUCAAGACACCAGCGAAGUUUGGAUUAAGCAACGUGAUGUAUCUGAACAGAGUAUAGCUAAAUUACAAGAAGCAAUCCGGCAGGAGCAGAAAAGAUUACUGUCAAGUGCCCAAGAAUUUCAACAAAUAGUGAUGGAUGCUAGUGUGAACCAUGAAGAAUUCAUGGAGAAUCAGCGAAGUAAAGUGUGGCAAUUCAGUCAUGAGUUGCAACAUAAAUUAGAGGAACAGGGCAUAGGUGCUAGUCAUUGGGCAGCUGAUGUCUCUGCUAAAUUACGUACAACACAACAUCAGGUUGAGAAAUUCAUCGCCGAAGACCUCCGGAGAGAUUUCCCCACUGGAAGUACACCAGUGAAAACGGAGCAUCAUUAUCCAAGAGAGCUCGCUGCAACAUCACCUCAUGAACGAAUAAUUCAACGGUUUCGAGCUGCAAUGAACGAGGCUCUUAAUGAUAACGAGCAUGACAACAAAGAAAACGACGAAGAAGAAUGUAUAAAAUCCGAAAUCAUUCAACCAAAGCAGAUGAUACCGAAGUUAAGGACAUCUCAGCUAACUGAUCGGCGUAUUCUUGGACCACACAACUGAAUGAAAUUAAUUAUUUUAAAUUUUGCGUUGACUAUUUUAUUUUACUUGCUAAGAAUGGCACAGUAUCUGGCAAGAACCUGCUGCCAAUAGCUACGAAUUUUAUAAAUU